AUGCCACCACCUUCAACCAAGAAACAGAAAACAACAACAACAGCAUCAUCUGAAUCGUUAACAUCUGAAUCAUCACUACUGCGACCUACAACCACGACGUCCCUCAAUUCAGAUACUCCCACACCUCUAACAGCUACAGUAGCUAAAUCAGCUACUAAAUCCUCCACAGUUAAAAUAUCCCGAGCAAUAUCAGCAUGUAAACGAUGUCGAACCAAGAAAAUCAAAUGUGAUCAGAAAUUUCCUCAAUGUGGUAAAUGUGCUCAACAUAAUGUCGAAUGUAUGGGAUUAGAUCCAGUUACCGGAAGAGAGAUACCGAGGAGUUAUAUUGUUCAUUUGGAAGAACGGGUUAAGUUGUUGGAACAGAAGUUGGUUGAAUUGGGUGCAAGUGCAGGUGCGGAUGCGGGUGCGGGUGCGGGUGCGGAUAUAAGUGCGGAUGGGAAUACCAAUGGGGAGGGGGAAGCGAUUGAAAAAGAUGAGAGUGAAAGUGCCACUGGUGGUGGAGAAGAGGUGGGUGAUGGUAGUGGUGAGGCUAGAUCGCAAGUGGUGGAAACAGAUAAGGAUACAUUUAAUCAAUUGCCGGAAGGAGGAAAAUUGAGUCGACAAGGGACUAAUAAAAUUAGUUUUCUGAAGUUAAUGUCUACUGCGGUACGAGUACAGAAACGACAUGAAAGGAGUGCUGAUGACGAGACUAUAGCACAAUCAACAACAGGAGCGAAAGAUGAGGAAAGUGGAGAUACAGGAAACAUGCAUGACGAAGAAAUAAAAUUAGCAGCAGUACUACCGCCCAAAUCGACAGCUUUACAAUUUUGUCAAAUUUUCUUCCAUCACUGUAAUGCUCAAUUUCCCAUUAUGCAUCGAGAAGAAUUUAUUCGUGAUUAUUUCAUACCCAUUUAUGGAUCUGUUGAACUGAAUCGUUUUCAAUUUGCCAGUAAUGAUGGAUCUAUAAAUGAUUCAUUUUGGAAAGAUACAAGCAAAGAUGAAGGUGGAUACUGGUUUGAUGAGUACAAGUUGCAAUUUCAACGUUUGCUUGCUAAAGAAAGUGAAGAGAACACCAAUAGUAACAAUAUCGAUAUAAGAGCAAUAUCUAAUCGGAUUAUCCCACCACGACGGUUCCAUAUCCCGUUAUUUUUCCUAAAUAUGGUAUUUGCCAUUGCUUCUUCAGUUCAUCAUUUGAAAUACCCAUCACAGAUUUCCGAAUCGUUUCGAUUAGCAGCUAUGAAAUAUUACAACGAAGUCAAACGUAACAUCGAUCAAUUGAUGGCAUUACAAGGGAUACUACUCUAUACAUUUUACUCCAUUAUGCGACCAACUAACCCCGGAGUAUGGUAUAUUAUGGGAGAAGCAUUAAGAGUAUGUGUUGAUUUGGAUUUACAAAAUGAACUCAAGACGAAAUCGAGACAAAAUAUGAACAUCGAUGGAUAUACACGAGAUAAAAGAAGACGUAUAUUCUGGUGUACUUAUUCCAUUGAUCGACAAAUUUGUUUUUAUUUGGAUCGACCAUUUGGUAUCCCUGAUGAAAGUAUAAAUACUCCAUUGCCUAGUAUAUGGGAUGACCUGAAAAUUGUACCUAACGAUUCAAUCAUGGAUUAUACUAAAUUGAGUAAUAAUGAAGACUCAAUUUCUGAUGUGAUUAGUUACAAGACGGUAUCGCUAGCAUUUGUUACAAUACGGAAAUUACAAAGUGAAGUAACUAAAAUCCUAUAUACUGGCAGCGAGAUACCUCGAAAAUACACUGAUUUAUCGCAUUGGAAAAUUGACAUCUUAUCAAGAUUGACCCAUUGGUAUCAAAAUCUACCUUCCCCUAAACAAAUGAAUUGUAAUUUCAACCCGAUUUUUUUCCAUUUGAAUUAUCAUCAUACAUUAUUAUACGUUCAUGGAUUAGGUCCUAGGAACUACAAUUUAACCAUGGAUGAUAUUAGACAAGUAUCCAUAUCAGCCAAAGAAGUAAUCAAUUGUUAUACACAAUUGUAUUUAACUAAAUCGAUAAACUAUACUUGGGCAGCAGUGCAUAAUUUAUUUAUGGCUGGGACAUCAUAUUUAUAUUCGUUGUAUAAUUCAGAUGAGAUUCGAGUCAUGAAUCCGAUCAAUACCGUGAUGUUGAGCUGUUCCAAUUGUUUGAAAAUCUUGUCUAGUUUGAUUGAUAAAUGCGAUGCAGCUCAAUACUGUUGUGAAAUUUUCCAUAAUUUGACUUUGGUUAUUGUUAAAUUGAAAUAUCCUAACGAGCUGGUUAAUCAGUUCUUACCGGGAGGUGGUAACAAGAGGCAAGGUGAGGCUGGGGAAAACGGGGAAAAUGGUGCUACUGUUGACAUGAGUGAUGCUUCUAAUGACGGCGCAGGUGACAAGAGUGAAGCGAAAGUAAGUCGUGAAUCCUUGUAUCGCAUCAACAAUGGGAAUGUUCAUUCCAACUUGUUUCAUUUGGUCAAUGAAUUGGAUCAUUUGAAUCCAUUGACUAAAGGAUCACCAAAUAGUGUUGACGCACAUGACAAUCCCCAAAAUACCUAUGGUGUGCAACAUCAACAACAGCUGCAGAAUCAAGAACACGCCUAUUCCCAACAACAGCACGAACAAUCACUGCAUCCGCAUUAUGGACAGGGUUUGCCACAUGAACAACCAGACAACACCAACCAUGUAGGAGAAACAAUCACACAGAACGUGGUGAUAUCACCCGAAUUCACGCAUGGUUUUAAUUACCCUGCCGAUUGGAACGACGAAGAACUAGAUUUUUUCUUUAAGGAAUUAAACCACAACAACCAUGUCGUUGGUACAACAACAGGAACAUUUCUGGACAAAUCGACACCACCAGCUACACACAUUACUGCUGCUGUUGCUGCUACUCCUGGUCAUCCAUUUGCUCCUCCUCCUCCUCCAUCUUUCACUUCUCAAUUCUCUCCACAUUCGGGUACAACGACUGGGACUACUAAUAUGCGUGAAGGAAAACGGAUUUUUGAUUUGAUGCAUAAUGCACCCACUGAAAGAAUAUGGGAGGAGUUUUUCACGUCAAAGUGA